CAAACACCCGUAAAUCCCAAACAUUACAUGUCUUGGGGUAGAUGUGACAUUCGUAGUUUAAAUGGCAUUUUAAUAUAUUCAAUAAAGUAAAAUAAAUACUUAAACAAUUUUUACAAUGGUAUCGAUCCGUCUCCUACCAGCGUUUGUCUUUAUAAUUAGCGUUUCGUUUAACUAUGCUUCCGCUUCGCAUUCCAUUCCAUAUUUCAGCACUCCUACACUACGGGAGCUUAGUAGUUAUUAUGUCCUAAAUAAUAAAAACGAAUGCUUUCGUACUACGAUACCCAGUGACAAGAGGUACAUAGGAGGCACUGGGACUGAUGAGUUCAUCCGUUACUUACAAAGAACACCUUGCGUACCUUACAUAAAAACUCCUUCUCACAUGACGCGGAAUGAAGUGUACGAAAAACUAUUGCUUAUAGUUAAAAAAGAGCAAGAAGAGGAUAUGGAAAGGGGAAUAGACCUUAAUAUAGAUAGAGGAAGAAGAUUGGAAGACGAAUGGUUUCAAAAUGAAGAAGAAAAAUUGAAAAAGGAAGCGCUUCGACAAGAACAAGAUGAAGCUCUGAGAAAGAAAAAGCUUCGACAAGAAAUAGCUUGGGAUGAGACUACUGAUCUGGAGAAAGGCCUGGACACAGAAUCUGCGGGAUUAUUGACGAAUCUGGAAAACAUAAUGACGAGACAAAGUCUGUAUUUGAGUAACCUAAGUACCGAAGAAUUACAAGCCUUUAACAUUAUAAAAGAAAAAAAGCUUUGCCCGAGCUUUAAAGUUCUUUACGAAAGGUCGUGUUAGAUCACUAAAUUCAAAUGCAACUAAAAAUUUAACAGAAACUAGUUUUAUCUGCAUAAAAACAUACGAUACGACACUUUUAGUGUAAAAAAACCAAAUUAAAUUUUCAAAAAAAAAAUUUUCUAAUUUUAUAAUGACAAGAUUAAUUCAUUAUUUAACAAAUCCACAAAAAGACCACUGAAUAAUGAUUUAUUCUUGUUUUUAACUUUAGGUGUUUU